AUGGCCAAUCUCGGCAUCCAAUCGCCAACACGGCAACAACCCGCCCUCCACCUCCCCUCCUCCUCCUCCUCCGUCGCCUCCGGCACCGGUUCCGGCUACGAAGACGACGACGCCCCGCUCCCCUUCCCCGCCGCCCUCCCCCGAUCCGACUUCCUCGCCCCCAACUUCCACCCGGCAAACUACCUCUCCGCCCUCCCGCACCGGCACCAGACCCUCGACGACCUCAAAGCCGAGCUCCGCGACCGCAGCGCCGCCAUCAGUGCCGAGCUGCUGGAGCUCGUGAACGGGAACUAUACUGCGUUUUUGUCUCUUGGCAACGAGCUGCGCGGCGGCGAUGAGAGGGUUGAGAAUGUGCGUGUUGCUAUGCUUGGGUUCCGCAGGGCCGUGGAGGAGAUUAAGGGCAAAGUGAGGACGCGCGGGGAGGAGGUUCAGGGGUUGAGUGGGGAGUUGAGGGAGGUGAGGAGGGGGAUUGAGGUUGGGAGGAAGAUGCUUGAGUUGGAUGAGCGGGUGUCUUCGCUUGAAGAGCGGCUUGCGCUUGCGAGUUUGCCGGGGAAGAGGAAGACUGGUGACGGUGGGGAAGAGGAGGAGGAUGAUGAUGAUUGGGAUGCGGAUGAUAGCGAAGAGUCUGAUGAGGAAGAGGAUGAUGAUGUGGGCGGGCUGGUGGGCAGCAGCCCUGCGAAGCUGGCAGGCUUCGCGCAAGACUUCUGUAUCGUCGAAGCUCUGGCCGACGCGGUUGGACGGGAUGCCCAGUUUGUGGUCAAGGCAGAGGCUCGGAUGGUGAGGUGUCGGAACACGAUCCUUCUCGACCUCGGCACGGCGAUGAAGGAAGCACGGAAGGCGGGUAAGAAGGGCCAGGCGAGGACGGUCAAGUACUUGGGUUUGUACGGGCUGCUUGAUGCGCAGGCGGAGGCGAUCAGGACUCUCAAGAGCAGUUGA